AUGGAUCGUCUUCAACGAGCAACGUCAACAUCUCGGCGGCCGCCUAUGGGCUAUCGAGCAGGGUCCGAUGGUAAUGAGAGAUCAGCAAAUGCAGAGCAACCGUCUGAGACUCGUUUAGACAGUCAGGAAGCAGAAAGAGCAUCGAGUGGCUUCCAGUCUUACCACCGACCAAUACGUAGGGGAACCAUUCAAUCAAGCUCGUCGCCCGACAGCCAAUUUACAGCAACAACUGGUCUUCGAGGUCCCCAUGUGAAUGAAGCAGAUGGAACAGGAAUCAUAGCGAUAGGAAUGGCACUCGGUAGUCCCACCGAAGAACGGGGUUCCCAGGGAACGAGUUGGCAACCGCAAGUUGUGACCACUGUCACAGCCGCUGACCCUGACGAGCAACAGAUCAAAGACGGACUGACUAGAUCAAAGUCACGCAAGUGGGGGAUAUUUGGCAGAUCCAAGUCGAAAAGAGUCAAGAACGGUGACCGAGCUAUUGAUUCUCAAGAACAAGUCACUUCCCCCGGCGCCACACCAACUCGUGGGACGCCUACUUCUGCUGUUACUCGUGGACCACGACAUACCGACCUACGAGAUGCAAAUCUAUCGCCAAAGACGAGGAAACUUGGCAGAUCCUUUACGGAGCCGACGUCAUCGGAUUCAAAAUGGUCUCCUCAAGUCAGCUCACCUGGAUCUAGAAUACAAACAUCGUCAAACGCCACCAGGCCUCAAAGACAAGAGCCCAUAUCAGAAACUGGCCAAUCUGCUGACCAAGAGCCUAUGCUUGACGUCGAGAUACCUAACAUCACACUGGAGAGAUACAGUGUAAUGUUUGCAAGCCUGCUUGAGCGACGCAGCGCUUCAUCUCUUCUCGCUCGUCGACAAGUUACCCAAGAUAAACUUCGUGCACUUCGCGACGACGGCACCAGUGCAAACACACAGAGAGAAACUCAACAGUCAAGACGGAAACACAGCGCAGACAGAGACCUGCCGCCUAUUCCCCCGUUGCGCCUGGAGUCUUUGCAAAUAACUCGGGGUCAUCAACAACCUUCCAGGCUCCGGUCCAACACAUCUCCGGCAAUCAUGACCACGCCAUCAAAGGAAACAUUUCCAGGAUCAAAUCAGCACGAGGGAGAAACGUCAAAAUCACCACAUAUAGUGAGGCUCGCAUCCGUCAAAGGAGACAGCCCCGUCAAAAGUAGCGGAAUGCCCUCCAACAGUACCGAGUGGCCACAACUUCGAUCCAAAUUCCAUAUACAAUCACCCACGCACAAAUCCUCCAGAUCAAAAUCAACCAUCAACAGCAGCAUAGAUCUCUCAGAGAGGGAAGUACUAGAAGGCGGUCUAUCCCCGCCACCAUCCCAAAGUCGCGCACAACACACAACUGCCCCAGCACAACCUACAUCCAAGCCAUUGCAACAAACCACCCGCUCAACACCAUACUCUACAUCUACCGCAGACGCCCAGGGCAGUCUCAGCCUAAGCCUCAGCAGCCUCUCCGAGGAAGAACCAGACGAGGACCAAGCAAAGGCGGUGCAGGACGCCGUAGAAAUAUCGAUAGCCCGUCAAAUCAGCAUUUCCCGCGACCAGCGUCGCAUGCUGGGCCCGUUGCAAAUGCAUCCCAUAGAGGGAAGACGGCUGGCUGAGACGAAGACGUCGACCCCGCGAUUGGUCGACCCGAGGUCAGAUCCUUCGUCGCCCUUUGCAGGACAUAGGAAUAGCGAGCGCGUGGUCCUGGAGAGGGUAUGA